UAACAUGGACAAAACAGUAUAGAGCUGCUGCCCACACUGACAUACCAGCCAUGGAUGCAUUGUCCGAUUGGCUGAUAAACAACCUGCCCUCCAAUGACAAUGAAGUGACUUUGGUGCAUGGGGAUUUUCGCCUGGACAAUUUGAUAUUCCAUCCCACUGAGGCCAGAGUUUUGGCUGUGUUAGACUGGGAGCUUUCCACAACUGGGCAUCCUGCUGUAGAUUUGGCCUAUUUCCUAAUGCCUUACUCCUGGCCCAGUGAACUCAGGAUCAUCCACACAACAGGAGACAUAAGACAGGUGGAAGGAAUUCCCACCCCUGAUGAGCUGAUCUCUGUGUACUGUCGGUGCCGAUGCAUUCCUCUCUCACUACCCGAAUGGAAUUUUUUCCAAGCCCUUUCUUUUUUUAAAAUGUCAGGAAUAGCUCAGGGAAUCUAUGCACGGCACCUCCUUGGAAAUGCCAGUGCCCCUGAUGCCUACAAGUUUGGUGAGAGUGUUGCACCUUUGGCAGAAGCUGGACUCCAGAUUGCUAAAAGAGGAACAAUCCCAUCCAAGCCACUUUCCAAUGAUAAAGAGCUAUUCCGGCAAUCCCAGAGAGGGAGGGUGGUUCUCAGCCAAGUGAAGGAGUUCAUGCAGCAACACGUGUUCCCUGCUGAGGAGGAGGUUUCAGAGUAUUACAAGAAAAAUGCAAACUUGCCUCUGAGAUGGAGCAGACCUCCAGUGAUUGAAAAAUUAAAGGAGAAGGCCAGAGUUCGUGGAUUAUGGAAUCUGUUUCUACCUGCCGUCAGUGGACUAAGCCAGCUAGACUAUGCUUUCAUUGCAGAGGAGAUGGGAAAGUGUUUCUUUGCUUCAGAGAUCUUCAACUGUCAAGCACCAGACACAGGGAAUAUGGAACUACUACACAUGUACGGCACUGAAGAGCAAAAGACCCAAUGGCUGGAGCCUCUUCUAAAAGGAGAGAUUACCUCCUGCUUCUGUAUGACUGAGCCAGAUGUGGCUUCCAGUGAUGCCACGAACAUGGAAUGUAGCCUGGAGAAAGAUGGAGACACCUAUAUGAUUCAUGGCAAGAAAUGGUGGAUCAGUGGUGCUGGGAACCCAAACUGUAAAAUAGCUAUUGUGUUAUGCAGAAGCAAGUCAGCUGAUUCCCUGAAAAGACAUAAACAGCACAGUAUGAUUCUUGUCCCUUUAAACACACCGGGUGUAAAGAUUAUCAGACCCUUGACAGUAUUUGGAGAAGAUGAUGCUCUCCAUGGAGGUCACUUUGAGGUACAUUUUGAUCAUGUCCGUGUACCUGCAUCCAACAUAAUUCUAGGUGAAGGCCGAGGGUUCGAAUUAGCCCAAGGUCGACUGGGACCUGGCCGUCUCCAUCAUUGUAUGCGAGCCAUUGGGCUAGCAGAGCGAGCUUUAGAGCUCUUGUGUCAGCGCGCAGCCAGCAGACAGACAUUUGGAAAGAAACUGUACCAACAUGAAGCUGUUGCCCAUUGGAUUGCCGAAUGUCGCAUUGCCAUCGAACAAGCUCGCCUGCUGACUCUCAGUGCUGCAAAUGCCAUUGAUGUCUUAGGAAACACAGCAGCAAGGAAGCAGAUUGCAAUGAUUAAAGUAGCUGCUGCUAGAAUGGCUUGCAAGGUGGUGGACUUUGCCAUUCAGGUUCAUGGAGGGGCUGGCAUGUGUGGGGACUUCCCAUUAGCUCAAAUGUAUUCCUAUGUGCGGACACUGCGCAUUGCUGAUGGCCCAGAUGAGGUCCAUCUGUCGUCCAUAGCCACAAUGGAACUGAAAGACCAGUUGAAGAAGUUCUCUGCUAAGCUGUGAAACUGGAGAUGGGGUGUUUAAAAGUCAUAGUAUAACACAGUGUUGACUGCACACUAUUUUAUUAUAAAAAAAAGAAAUGGGAUUUAUUAGAGAGCAUAUUAUCAACAUCACAGGAUUGAAAAUCGGCACUUUAUCAGAGCAUACUGUAUCUGUAUCAUAGUUUUCUUUUCUAAACAACAUGAAGUGUGCCUUUAACUACAGGAUGUCUUGGAAUAUAUCCUUUAAAAAUACUACAAAAUUACUUCCUGACUUAAUUUUUAAUCAGCAGCAACAUUAAUAUGGCUAAUGAUAACACAAUAAACCAUAUAUAAUUUGGACCAAAUUAUAGUCUUUUGACUAAAAUGGUAAAUACCAUUGUGAGUUACUUAUUAAAUCCAAUUUCAUUUGUUUUCCUACAUAGUUUAAUGUAAGUGUACUACAUUAAUGUUCUGUUAUACAGUGUAGUGUAAUGUGACAUAAGUAGCUGAUCAGAAAACAUUACUUCUGAGCAUUUUAUUUUGUUGGAUUUAUAAUUUCUGUAAAUUUGUCUUACAUGCAUAAUCAUGGUGUCAAAAUUUUGAAAAAAAAGUUGAAAAUAAACAUUGAAAUGUU